AUGAAGACUUCUGCAAUCAUCUGUCUCCUAGCUGCUAUUACCACUACUAGUGGAAGCCCGCUGAAGACAAGAAACGAUCAAGUUGAGAUUACAUUCAUUGGUGCAGCCGAUGCACAAUUCACCCAAAGCUUCCCGAGUGACGGCACUGUCGUCUCCAUUGGUGACCCACUUAGCAUCUCGCACAUUUCAUCCAACACAGCUGGCAUCCAAUGCACCUUCAAUGGCGUUGAUCACAGUGUGACAACCGUCAACGGAGCGGAGCUGGUGGAUGUGGGCCCUCCGCAGACCCAGGUAUCUGCAUCUUGCCACGCAAUAGGGUCUCCUCCGACUCCGAACAGCCCCGUGGAGCAUCAGAACAACGAUGUUCAGGUCACUUUCAUCGGUGCCGCCAAUGCUCUGUUUACUCAGGUCUUCCCCAUCAAUGGUGGAAGUGUCCAAAUUACCAAUCCUUUGAGUAUCUCCCAUAUUGUAUCGGAUCGAGAUGGUGUUACUUGUGUGUUCAAUGGUAUUGACCAUAGUGUUACUACUAUUACUGGUACACAGUUAGUUGAUGUUGGACCUCCCCAGACACAGAUUUCUGGUUCCUGCCGGAUGUAA